AUGAAAGAAAAUAUACAAGAAGAAAAACAGAAGAGUCAAGAAGCGAGCAAAACAGACCAAGAAAAAUCCUCCGCGGAAAAAGAGCAAAAAAAGCAGGAGGAAUAUACAACCAAACUCUACCCCGCUUUUUGCCAAGCAGUAGGUGCGGUAAUUAAGAAUUUAGUAAACUUGCCAGUCGAGGAACCAGCCCGCAGAGCAGCGAUUAAUGAAGUUGUAGCCAAAAUAGGAGAAUUUUUGAAUAAAGCUAAUGAUGAUGCCGUAUUCGGCGAAAAAAUCAAUCCUUAUUUGGAAAACAAUAGAUUGCUAUUCCAACUUCACGAAAUCGCUACCCAAAAACUCGCCCAGUUAGUUAAUGAAGAGGUAGCCAUAACCCCGCUGACUCAUACUGUUCGCAAAGAUUUGAUAGUUAAUAAAAUUACGGAACAGUUAGAGGAAUUUGGCUUAGAAAUUAGUGAUUUACCCCUCCAUAAAUAUAAAGAUUUUAUUAAUAAACUUGAUGAGUUAGUUGCUGGUUCCGAAACUUCUACAACAGAUUUUAUCCACCUAGAAAAGGAAAUAAGUGAUUAUAUUACCGAAUACGGAAAAAACCAGACCCGCCAACGAGCCAAAGAACUUGCCGAAAUCAAGGCAAAAAUCCAAACCGCUAGUGAAAAAUUGGGUGUUAGUUUAGAUUGGUUAGCGAGUGCCGAAUUCAAAAAUACCAUUUAUUUGCCUAAUUUGAUUAUGGUCUCCGAACUAUUAACCAGCCUGAUAAUGCCACCACAAGAUGAUUAUCACAAUGAUUUGGGAACUUUUUCUCAGUAUAAUAUUAACAAAUUAACAACAUUUCUAAACUAUUACCAAGAAGCCCAGAGUUUGCUUGGUCCGCUCCGCCAAGAAAGAGACGACGCGGUGAGAAAAGCCCAAGGUGUAGACAUUCAAAACCAAAAAGCAGUCAAAGCCUAUAAUUCUCUGCUCGAAAGCGCCCAACUUUCCAAGCGGCCAACCGGGACUCCUAUUCACAGAGACCCUUAUUUUUUAGCCACGCGAGAAGGAGAGAUAGACGCAGCCGAAAAACUUUUGGGUUAUGACAAAAAAUUAGCCGACUUGGCUGAUUUAUUAGUGGAAAAAAAUGAGCGAAAGACAAAAGUUGAGUCAGAAGCUGAAAGAGCUAGAUUAGAGGCUGACCGAGAAAAAAUGGAAGUAGUGGCGGAUCGAAUAGCAAAAGAAGCAAUUGCACCAGCCGAUAUGGAAACUUUAAUCAGUCAAAACCACAAUUUAACCAAGGAGUUGGAAGAUUUGAAAGGCUAUAAUCAGAGAUUAAAAGCUGAGGUGAAUAAAUUAAGUCAAGAUGAGACCACCCACCAAGAUUAUAAGUUAGUAGAUUUACCCACCUUACUAGCAGGUGAAACUGCGGAAUUACAAGCGGCCGAAGCCAAUCUACAAAAAGUUUUAGAUGCGGUCGCCCACGAAGUUGCUGAGUUAAGUGACAAAAGUGAUUUAGAAGACAAAGUCCAGGAACAAAAAUCGGUCGCUUUAACCAAGGUAGACCAACAAAAUCAAGCACUGGAAACAUUGCUUUAUGAAAAUUUUAAAUUAACUCCGCUUAACGAAUCCAUUAAACUUUCUUCUUUUAUAACUUGGUUGCGAAAUGAUUAUGGCGAUAAUGUUGAAGAUAGAGAAAGAAAGUUAGAAUUAGAAAAGUUAAAAGAAAAACUCGCGAAUUAUACGGCAGAAUUAGAAAAAAGGGUAGUGGCAGCAAAUGAGCGGGAAGCCAUUCCGGGCUGGAAAAAAAAAUUAGGUGAGUUAAGAUUUAACCAUUUGGAAAAAUUAAUAGCGGGGGAGAAAGAGUUAGAACAGUUAAGAUUUAUUGACAGUUCUGCCAAGCGACUAGCAGAAAUAAGAAAAGUUUUCCCCAAAUUAGUAAAAGAUAGUAUUAUUACUGAGGGACAGCAGGCAAAAGCUAUUAGAGAAGUAGACCAAGACUUUUUAUCAUUACUUG